GAUCUAUAAAUACCCCUAAUCUAGCACAGAAUAUGUACAUAUAGAAUCAGAAUAUCUAAUUAAUUAAUAAAUUAUUAUCCAUGGGUGUGUCUGAAGGUGAAGGUGGUGGUGCAGCUGGUCAUAUCGUGGCGGUGCCGUUCCCUGCUCAGGGCCACGUGAAGCCUCUCCUGAAACUGUGCAGACAGAUAGUGAGGCGAUCAAGAGGAGGAAUUAAGGUAACCUUCGUCAACAUCGAAUCCAUACAUUCCAGAAUCAUUGCCAGCAGUUCUCAGGCGGCUGAGAAGGAAGACGACAACAUCGUACUGACCUCCAUCCCAGAUGGCGGGAGGCCUGGCGAAGAUCAAAAUGACAUUUGUAGCCUUCUGGAAAGUCUCAGGUCCUCCAUGCCCGCUUCCGUCGCUGAUUUGAUUCACCGAAUCAACACUAAUUCAAAUAAUAAUAAUAAUGUUACCUGUGUCAUUGCUGAUAUUACAAUUGGCUGGAUUCUGGACACCGGCCGGAAGUUUGGGGCUGAGGCGGUUAUCUUCUCGCCGCCGUCGGCGGCGUCCCUGAUCCCCAUUCUGCAAAUUCCGACACUCCUCGAACAAGGGAAGCUGGAUUCCAAUGGAACCCUGAAGGCAGGCGAAGUCAUCACGCUGUCGGAAGACAUACUCGCCUGGAAACAAAACGACCUGCCCUGGAGCGCUCCGGUGGACCUGAAAACCCAAAGAAUCUUCUUCGAAUGCUCUGUAAGAGCGGAGAAAGCUGCCAGGGAAGCCAAGUGGCUGCUAACCAACACGUGCUACGAAAUCGAGCCGUCGGCCUGCGACCUGUGUCCGAACGUGCUUCCGAUCGGGCCGUUGCUAGAUUCCGACAGGAUCAAAUCUUCAGCCAAUUUCCAUCCAGCGGACGAGGUCUGUCUGUCGUGGCUGGACACGAAACCGCCUGGAUCAGUGAUCUACGUUUCAUUCGGCAGUCUGGCGGUGUUCUCGCUGGAGCAGCUCGACGAGCUCGCGAUCGGGCUCGAGCUUUCCGGGAGGGCUUUUCUGUGGGUGGCCCGGCCCGACCUGGCAAACGGGUCGCCGGUUGUGUAUCCUGAGGGGUUUUUGGAGAGGAUUAAGGGUGUCGGGAAGAUUGUGGGAUGGACAGAUCAAGAAAGGGUGCUUUCGCAUCCAUCGACGGCCUGUUUCUUGUCGCACUGCGGAUGGAAUUCGACGAUGGAAGGUUUGAUCGCCGGCGUGCCGUUUCUGUGCUGGCCGUACUUUGCCGACCAGGCUCAUAACCAGAAUUAUGUCUGCGAUAAAUGGGGGGUGGGGUUGAGGAUUGAAGCCGACAAGAAUGGGGUCAGAAGCAGGCAUGAAAUCAGAUACAAGAUUGAUGAGGUGUUCUCUAAUGGCGGACUGAGAUUGAGGGAGAAUGCAAUCAAACUCAAGAAAAUGUGUGCAGACAGCGUGGAGGCUGGAGGGUCUUCCUAUAACAAUUUCGACAAAUUUCUUGCCUGUCUGAAUAAAUAGUUGCAGUUAAAA